UUUAACUUCUUUGGCAGCUUCAGUUAGACUUUGACAAACGAAGUCAAAAUAACUUUUCCUCAUAUUUUUAUUUUCAGUUAUUGAAAUACAUGUAUUCAUGCACUUUUUACUGCCAGUUGCCUUACAAAAAAAUUUAAUGAAAAAUUCUCUGUUUCAGACGAGUUAGUUACCAAAAUCAUCAAUGUCAAGUUUAUUUGUAGCACUUCUAAAAACAGAUAGAAACGGCAAAAAAGUUAAUUCUGGAGAUACAUAUAAACUAUGAAACCUAUAAAAAGCCAGAAUAAUGACAGACAUUUUUCAAUAAAGUUUUUAUUACUUUCUUCAAAUGUAAAAGUUUACGAAUAAGAUAGGCUACAUUCAGAUUGCAGCCGGAAAUAAAUUUUUUUGUGAAAUCUGAUUUUUAUUUUUUUGCGUGGUCCAAAUAUAUGCGACUGCAAACGGCCUGAAAGUGUCCCGCAUGCGCAGUGGAAGGCGCAAUAACGCCACUCAUACGGAGCGUGCUCACUGUUUAGCUUACCGCCAUGAAGAAGAAGAAGAAGAAGUGCUCAAUGUUUGCGGAAGUGAAGAUCAAGGAUCAGAAUGCAUGUUAGCACCGUUACGCUUCACUUCCUGCUCUUCUUGCACCUUCUUCUUCCUGUUGACAUGGAGGAAGAGGAGGAUAAAGUCCCUCUGGAGGUCAUCACUGAGAGCUCUCCCUGCAGCAUGACCUGUGGACUGGGGGUCAAAACACAAACUCUGUGCUUGCUAAAGGACGGCAAGGCAGCGAUGGAAAACACAGAAGGAAAGGAGGGCAGUAAGUCCAGCAUAUCAAAGACAUGUAGGAGCCAACAAGUGCAGUGUGUGGAGUCGUGGCAGUGUGGACUGAAGACCAUGACCGUGACCUCCGGUCAGCGAGUGGAGAUCGACUGUUUGGGAGAAGUCAUGGCGGCAAUGGGAGCGUUCUCCUGGAGGGUUUCGUGGCGUUACGCUCGAGGAGUAAUCAGCUCGGACGAUUCUCUGUUUGAUCGCUGGAAGGCCCCUGAUCUGCAUCGAGUGGUUCUGGACCCCGUCAGAGAGAAGGAUGCAGGUACGUAUCGCUGUGACGUUCAGGACACCAACUAUCGCAGAAGGAAGACAGUUUACUGGGGUGUCCGUGUUUUACCGGCGGGGGUCGUCAACCUGGACUACCAAAGCUCUCUGUCGCAGUGGGACGUGCCUGGAAGACUGGCCGACGGCAGCGGUGUGCUGCAGCUGGCCGCCGGGAGAGUUCUCCUCUACGCUGUGGUGAUUUGUUUCAUCUUGACAGGCUUCUGGAUUGGACUAAUAUUCCUGUACAAGACAGUACGCUGCAGACGGCAGAAAAAUGAAAGAAAGACAGAGAUGAUGCAGUUGGAAAAAUAUAUUUUAAAAUAAAUAAAGUUUUUCAAAGCGCAAA